AUUUCAGUACUUGUGAUGCAAGAAACCCACCUACUGGUUACUCUCUUCACAGCUUCGUAUCGUCUUCGUAUAUUCGAGUCGGAGCAAGCCAAGAAGGCAGCUUUGGAUUGGCAUUUGUUGGAGAACGAUGAGCAGCAUAGGCACGGGGUAUGAUCUUUCCGUCACCACUUUCUCCCCCGACGGUAGGGUUUUUCAGAUCGAGUACGCUGCCAAAGCUGUUGACCAGAGUGGGACUGUUAUCGCUAUCAAGUGUAAGGAUGGUAUUGUAAUGGGCGUGGAGAAGCUGAUUAAUUCGAAGAUGAUGUUGGGGGGAUCAAAUCGGAGGAUCCACUCUGUUCACCGGCAUUCUGGCAUGGCAUUUGCUGGAUUCGUAGCAGAUGCUAGACAAAUAAUUGCCAGAGCAAAGUCUGAAGCAACAAACUAUGAACGAAUAUAUGGUGAACCUAUUCCUGUGAAAGAACUUGCUGAUCGUGUUGCCAGCUAUGUUCAUCUUUGCACACUUUAUUGGUGGCUGAGACCAUUUGGUUGUGGUGUAAUUCUCUGCGGAUAUGAUAGAGAUGGACCCCAGCUAUAUAUGGUCGAACCAUCGGGGGUUUCAUAUAGAUAUUUUGGUGCUGCAAUUGGGAAGGGUAAGCAGGCUGCCAAAACAGAAAUUGAGAAAUUGAAGCUUUCUGAACUAACAUGCAGGCAAGGGAUCAUUGAAGUUGCCAAGAUAAUCUAUGGCGUCCAUGACGAGGCCAAGGAUAAAGCAUUUGAACUGGAACUGAGCUGGGUUUGUGAUGAAUCAAAUAAGCAGCAUCAAAAGGUGCCGGAGCAUCUUCUUGAGGAAGCCAAAGCCGCUGCCGUGGCCGCGCUGGAAGAGAUGGACGCUGAUUGAUCACCAAAUAGAAGAACAGCCGCCCCACACCCUCACUCUCUGUUCAGGCCUUCAGUAUCCUAUCUGUUUUUCUUUUUUUGGUUAAAAACUAUCCUGCGCUGAUAAUUAAGAUUUUCUUCAACAAUUAGAGUAACGGUAACUAUAUUUAUAUAUUAAUGAAGUUUGAGAAGAGGGUUGGCAUUC